AUAGUUUGCUAUCGUGAUUCUAAACUGAGAAAUUCUAGGAGGGAUUCAAUGAAUCUUAGACGGAAGCGAAAAUUGACAGCCGGAACUGGAAAUGAUGAUUAUGAGCUCAUGCUUCCACCAUCGGAACGGCAAUGGGAUGAUCUAGCGGCUAUAGAAAAAUCUGCCUUAUAUGAUGAGGAGAAUGUGCCUUGUUCGUGCGAAUUGGGUGGAAUAGGCAAUGCUGUACUCGUGAGCCUAGGAAUGGUGCCAAUUGGUGGUCUGCUUCCUCAAUCUCUUCUUAUACCACUUGCAGCUACCACACAGGGAGACUUUAGUGAAAAACAUAGACAACGCAAUACAUUUUGGUCUUGGCUCAGAAGAAAGUUAAAAAAGUCAGAUUAUCAACCUGCCCGUAUUGACUAUUAUGCUCGUAUUUGGAUGCCCAUAUUUUUUAUUUUGUUUAGUUUUAUUUAUUGGACCGUUUGUUUAUUCAUGGCAUCGAAACAAUAUGCAUAA